UUAAAACUCUGUACACACGCUUUCUCCUUCUCUGUCCAUCAUCUUCCCAUUUUUAUUUCUCCGAUUAUUAUUUUUUAAUUUAACCGGCGAUGGCGUCAACGUCGGCCGAGAUCGAGCAAUUGACUUCCGGCGCGAGCAAUCGGAUAAUCCCGAUACUGAAAACGCUUCGCAAGUGCUUCAUCUUCGUCCUCUCCCUCUUCCUUUCUCUCCUCCUCCUUCUCCGUCCCCGCCGCCGCGUUUUGCCUCUUCCGUCGCCGGAGGAGGAGGCGAGUCCCGCUGCUCCUUCGAGGCGAUGGAGGCGGAAGAUGGCGUGGAAGCUGGAGGAAGAAGACACGGCUAGGCGCCGUUCGUUGGCGGAAGGCGUUGAGAUCGGCGAAAUCGAUUCUCGUUGGAGUAGUUUCUUGUUCUACGGUCGCCGUGGUAACGCUCUGUUCUCUCGGUCGUGGUUGCCUCUUUCCGGUGAGCUUAGGGGGAUUUUGAUUAUUAUCCAUGGAUUGAAUGAACACAGUGGGAGAUAUUCUCAAUUCGCUAAGCAGCUGAACGCGAGUAACUUUGGUGUAUACGCUAUGGAUUGGAUUGGUCACGGUGGGAGUGAUGGUUUACAUGGCUAUGUUCCUUCUCUUGAUUACGUUGUUUCAGACACCGAAGCUUUCUUGGAGAAGAUUAGGUCCGAGAAUCCGGGCGUCCCAUGUUUCCUCUUUGGUCACUCUACCGGUGGAGCUGUGGUCUUGAAGGCGGCUUCAUCUCCCUCUAUUGAAGAUAUGUUAGCUGGUAUUGUCCUAACAUCGCCUGCACUUCGUGUCAAACCCGCUCAUCCUAUUGUCGGGGCGAUAGCUCCAAUCUUCUCGUUGGUGGCUCCAAGGUUCCAAUUCAAAGGAGCAAACAAGAGAGGCAUUCCCGUGUCAAGAGACCCUGAAGCUCUCUUAGCCAAGUACUCUGAUCCGUUAGUCUACACCGGUCCAAUAAGAGUCCGAACAGGCCAUGAGAUUCUCCGCAUAACAGCUUACUUGACCCGGAACUUCAAAUCCAUUACAGUUCCGUUCUUUGUCCUCCACGGCACAGAGGACAAAGUAACUGAUCCACUGGCGUCGCAAGACUUGUAUAACCAGGCCCCAUCAGUGUUUAAAGACAUCAAACUCUAUGAAGGUUUCUUACACGACCUUCUCUUUGAACCUGAGCGUGAGGAAGUUGGUCUUGAUAUCAUAGAUUGGAUGAUGAAGCGGCUCGAUGAUGUUAAUGGAUCAGUCGCUGGCCUUUGGUGAAAGAUCAGAGGAGACAUCAGAUAUGUCUUCUUGUUGUUUAGAUAGUUGUGAUACAAAUGGUGUGAUUGUAAAAUCAGAAACCAAAGUGCAGGAGAUACAUAUAUUAUCUAUGAAUUGUUUCAUUUUGUUGUUUG